GGUUAUCUCUUUGACAUCUGACGCGCUGAGGGGCUUAGCUGUUUAUUUUACACUCAUCAACAUUUUUGACGCGUAAUCAAGUGCAAGUAUCUCACUAUAAAAACUGGGAUACGAUCUAAAUAAAAUUUAUUAUUAAUCUGAACUUGUUGUGGUAUAGACACCAGACACCAAUUCACUUAAGUUUAAAUAUAUAUUCAUUUGCACGUCAUGGAUCUUACUGGUAAAAAUGUAGUUUUCGUAGCCGGUUUAGGUGGAAUCGGUUUUGAGGCUUGUAAACAACUUAUGACUAGAAAUGUUGCUUAUUUGGCCGUAUUGGAUGUGAUGGAAAAUGCGAAGGCUGUUCAAACCCUGCAAGCAAUGAAUCCUAAAACAAAAGUUCUCUAUAUGAAAUUCGAUGUCACUAACAAAACAUCCAUUAAAAACACUUUUAACCAACUUGUCAGCAUCAUGAAGUACAUUGAUGUGUUGGUAAACGGCGCUGGAGUCAUUGCGGACCGUAAUAUUGAACUCACCAUCAAUGUUAAUUUGAUUGGUCUUAUUAACACUACCAUGGAAGCACUUCCCUACAUGGACAAAACCCAAAAAGGUCGUGGCGGUGUUAUCUUAAAUAUUGCUUCGGUAUUGGGUUUGGAGCCAUGUUCACCAAUUGCCGUCUACAGUGCAUCUAAGUUUGGUGUUGUUGGAUUUACACGUUCACUAUCGGAUCCUUAUUAUUAUAAUCGUACUGGCGUUGUAAUUACUGCACUUUGUCCUGGUCUUACUGAAAGUCCAAUGACAGCUAACCCAAAAAUUAGUGAUACUUUUGAAUAUUCAAAACCUUUAACAGACGAAAUAUUUUCGGCUCCACGCCAACCUGCUGCCAAGGCUGGAGAACAUCUGGUAAAAAUUAUUGAGAUGGCUCAAAACGGAACAAUGUGGAUUAGUGAUAAAAUGACAAUGACAAAGGUCGAGCCAAAACUUUUCUGGCAGCCUUAAACAUAAAUUCUUCAAUAGUUUCUGUAGGAUAUGUAAAGAUUACAUAUGAUAUUAAAAAUUAACUAAAUUGUCUAUAUUUUUUAAUAUAAUUAAGAUAAGCUAUAAUGUAAUAUUUUUUUAAAAGUCUAAUUACAAAAAAAUUUAUAUGAAAUGUGCCUGUUGUAAAUAAAAAUAAUUAGGUUAUUAAAUAUUAACUCUCACCUA